UCAUUUUCCGUGUUAGCGUUUAAAAAUUUAUAUGUAUUCCAGACAUAUGGAGCAGACCUAUACAAAUGAACCUACAGCAUCUGGACAAGCCUUUACAAUGUCAAAUCAGAUGCUUGAAGAGAGAGAAGCUAUUCGUAAAUAUACUGCACCUAAAUUCUGGAGCAUUCCAGCAUCUCCACCUGGGAAUCCAUCUCCAAUACUAGAGAAGAAAUUUGAACAUUACCGAAUGUUAAAAAAAAGAAACAUUCAUUUAAAUGAUAAUCUUGAUAAUUCAAAAACGUCCCGAAAUCCAUAUUUAUUAGAUGAAUUGAUAGAUUAUGUGGAUAUUAAAGAUUAUUAUGGAUCAAAUCUACCAGAAGAGUUACAAACAUGGAAAAAUCUAGAAAUGUUAAAAAUAAAUAAAAAAGAAACUGAAAAUACUUCAUCAAAAACACAAAAUAAGCCACCAGUAAAAUAUUUUCGAAGAGACCGUUUCAUAUCAGAAUAAUAUCUAUCAAAAAAAUAUAUCUUCCAAAAUGCAAACUUCAUAAAAU